AUAGUGAGCACAAACCACAGCAGGUAAGUUUCUUCAUGUAACUUUUAUGUUACUUGUGUGGGAUAUAUAUUUCUACUGAUACUUACAAAUAUGUCAAUGGAAUGGCUAAGGAUGUCUUUCAGGUGGCAACAGACAAUAAUUGUUGUCCGGAAGAUGGAACAUGAUUAUUAGUAAAGCAUAUGAUUUAUGUAGCAGAACUCUUUCCGUAAGGACAGUUCUAACUUUCAACGAUAUCCUGUGUAAAAAAAACGAAUGAAUUGUUUCUGGGAUCAUGUAUCUGACCACAGUGCAAGGUAUAUUUAUGGAAUGUUUGGAAGAAGCAUUUCUCUGCUUAAUUGAAAUCGUGGAGAAUAGCUUAUCAUGCAUACGUAGUAAUCUGGCGAUGAAGAGAAUCGUACUCAAAAAUUCACAUGCACAAUAACGAGACUUAGGGUUCAAAUUACUUCAUGACAGACGUGGAAAAUUUACCUAAUAAGGAAGUUAUGUUGUGAAUACAGUAAAGAAUUACAGCUGUGAAGUUGCCAGUAUCGCUGCUUAACUCAGACACUGUAGAUGAAUGUAAUUCUACAUCCCAUUUGUUUUAUACAUAAUGCGCGAAGACAUAUGGUAUUGUUGACUCGAUGAUCACAUUUGCAUUUCUGCAUGCUCAGCAGUACCAGCACGCACACAUACUUGAUCAGAUCCAGCUCCUUCUCGACUCCACCCUCUUAUCCAUCAUCAUACACAUCCUCCAAAAGAAAAGAAUGAUUUCUCACUUGUGAUCAGUUCUUCUUAAUUCAUCUAUGAAGUGUCUCUUGCUGGUGCCCAAUUACCUCAAUCCUGUGACUGAGCAUAAAACAAGGGGGAAAAAACGUUUUCAAGAGUGAAUAGACUCACUUCAUCUCACCAUUCAUUUUUUGCUACAACGUGACUUAAACAUAUUUUGAUACAUCAAACACAAGGACUACAUAAAAUGUUUUAGAUAUAUUGACAGACAGAAAUCAAGUAGUUGUUGUGAAAAUAUGCGAUUACUAAAUGCAAACACCAGUAGUUAGAAAUCGUAGUCAGAAUCACUAACAGCUCACACAUAGUGGGAGAGGGAACUAUAGAGUUGGAUUGAAAAGAAGAGCGAAACAUGGAAUUUCAACGAUAAGAUGAAUCCUUGACAGAGUUAACAUUGUGAUGCGUUCUACUGUGCGCAGCGUUUUUCGUCUUCUCAAUCUAAUCUGUUUGUUCAUCUGCUUAUUCGCAUUUGUAUCUUUGGCUGUUAUAUUCUGGUCGAAACUGGCAACGAAGUCUUUAGAGCCGACAAUAAGGAAGUUGAAAGUAAAGAUGGAUUUACAGAAAGCGUCAACAAUCGAUGCUGUUAAUCGUGUAGUGUGGGAAUUCACACGACCAGUCACCUUACCACUGAUGGGAAUAGCCAUCCUGUUUAUGUGCAACUAUGCUUUCGGAGUACUUGUCGCCCUCAAUCGAAGCAGCACAUUUUUUCUAAUAUAUGAAAUCGCAGUGACAGCUUGCAUAAUAAGUCACAUAGCCACGUUGGGCUUAUUGUUCAGUAAUCCGAGUGGGAUACGUGAGAUGAUGGAAAGUUUGUUGGAGAAGCAAAUAUAUGCCUAUGAAUCAAUGACUAAUCUUGAUGGACCAGGUCUAUUUUCUGCUGUUGUGAUGAUCGAGCUGAAAUGCUGCGGAUUCAGACAUAUAGCAGACUUCAAUGAUGUAAAACUGUCAUGGGAGGAUGAAUAUGAUGGCCAUAAGUAUGAAACUGUUGAAACUCCAAUACCAUGUUGUAUGAUGAAUGAUAAUCUAGAGUUGAUUGACAAAAACUGUCCACAUGAAUAUUUCUCAUCUCAUGACAAGCAUCAUAAUCAAAGUUGCAAAGAACCAUUUGGACAGAAAGCCUUCAGUUACGUGGCAAUUGUUGCAUAUGCAUCGAUAGUUUUGAUACUAAUCAAUUGUGCAAUCAUGGUAUGCGUUGUUCUCAUUCUCAGAGAAUUAUGGAUACAUCUUUGAUUUUCCACUCUCACUGUUCUCAUGAAAACAGUGGUGAUGGUCUUUUGUCAUGUGUCAAACUCACAUAUGCAUACACGAUAACCAGAAUAUUUUGUGAUGAACGGAACUGAAUUGCAUACAAACAAACAAUGGUUGCUUACUCAUCUUUACAUUUCCCUUGAUUGACUCUUUGUUAUAUGAAGGCUUGAUGAUAACUGAUUUCAUUCCUGUUGUAUCUCCUGCACAUGCUGUAAGUGACUACUUUGUUUUACUAAUAUUCUUCAGUGUGGAUGUGAUUGGUUAACAUAUAUACACAGCCAGGUGACUUACAGUUCUGUCUUCUGAUAUUCAAACGGUUGGUUAGUCCUGAAGUUUGCCACCUUCCGAUCACUAUGAAUCAGGCAAUUCAUGAUAGGAUAGUUCACUUCUGUCACCCAGUCGGGUACACCGGUCACAAGAUAACAAAUGACACAGUACUUACGAUCGCUGACCUAAUAUUUACAAGAGUAUGUAAACAUUGAUUGAAAAUCAUUAUAUCAUUCACGUAAGUGCACAAAUUUGUUUGCUCCACUGUUUUA